UGGCAAGAGGUGAUUGGUUGUUUCAAUCAGGGUGUAACGAGUUUAGAUAAAUACACCCGCAGAGGAUCUGUAGAAAAUUAAUUCAAAAAGUAGUUGACGAUAUGACUCUAACGGAAUACACGUCGGCAUUUAAAAAAGACGUGCGACUUUGUCACGAAAUUCCCGCCUUUUCUAUCGGAUUUUCCCUACGGAAUAAUUUUCUGGGAAAAUUUUUGAAGGAAAACCAAUAGAAUUAAAAUUAAUUAUUGUUUUUAAAAAAAUUUUAAAAUUAAUUUUUAUAAAAAAAGGAGAUUAGAUUAGGAUAAUAGUAGGUUUUUCGAAGAAUUUUGGCUUUCGUUUCGAUGCAAUUUUUAAUUUCUUCGAAACCAAUCGGAAAGUUUUAAUUCGUUACAAAACUUCUCUGUUUAUCGAUCCUUCUUGUUCUUCUGAAAAAUUCUUUAAGGAUCCGAUUUUUCGGUGAGCUAGAAUAUUCACGGGCGAUUCGGUCGAUCCACCGAACGAGGAGGAAGAACGACGACAUUGUUGCACGUUUCGGAUCGUUCGAUCUCGAUCUCGAUCUCAAAAAGCCGUUCUGAAAAUUCUCAGUUGGUUUCGAUCGAUUCGUUUUUGUUUUGGGAAAUCCUGAUUGGAAUUUUCCAGGUAUUGAUGUUUUAUUGUUGUUUGUGGAGUGGAUUGGAUGAAUCCAAAGGGGGAAAAAUCCUGAAAACCUAAGGAUUCGAUUUCCUAUUCUACUGAAGAAGAAGAAGAAGAAGAAGAAGAAGAAGAAGAAGAACUGGAGGUUUUACAGAAAUUUUGAAGCAAUUAGGGCUCUGUUUAUUAACAUGAGCGACAAGCAACCGAUUAAGUUAGACGACGAACAAAUUGCGGAGUUGAGGGAAAUCUUCCGGUCGUUCGAUCGGAACAACGACGGGAGUUUGACUCAACUUGAACUCGGAUCGCUAUUACGAUCACUUGGUUUGAAGCCGAGUCCAGAUCAGCUUGAGAAUUUGAUAAUGAAGGCGGAUACGAACAGCAAUGGAUUAGUGGAAUUCUCAGAGUUCGUAGCUCUGGUGGAGCCAGAGCUGGUAUCGGCGAAAUGCCCUUACACAGAGGAGCAAUUAAAGCAGUUGUUUAGGAUGUUUGAUAGAGAUGGGAAUGGGUUUAUCACUGCGGCUGAGUUGGCUCACUCGAUGGCCAAACUCGGCCACGCUCUUACGGCAGAGGAGCUCACCGGAAUGAUCAGGGAAGCCGAUACCGAUGGCGAUGGCAGAAUCAAUUUUCAAGAGUUUUCUCAGGCAAUUACUUCUGCUGCAUUUGAUAAUUCCUGGGCAUGAUGGUUUUUCUGUGACCAAAAACAAACAGCAAAUGGGCUAUAUUUGGAGGGCACAUUACGGUACCAACACGGAGAUCUUAUCAAGAAAUUGAAAAUGGUAUUUAUGGGUUAAGUUUGAAUGUUUAUUUAGUCUGAAUCUACCUAUUUCUCUGCUUGAAAAGGACACGAGUUUAAGUUGUUCGGUUUCAAAUUUUGGUUGUUUAUAAAAGUUGGAGUUCAAACCAAACCAAACCAAACACUGCAGGGAAUUUUGUGAAGGAUUUUAGUUCCAAUUCCAGUUUUCAAUAUGGAAUGGUGGGUAGUUUGAUGCUUUCA